AUGACCACACCUACAGAAUCCCACGAGGAAACCACAAUGACCAAGAAGAAGAGAUCGCGCCGCGCACGAAAGGGGGGUGCUCCGGCUCCCAUCGAAAUCAAACAGAAAAAGACUUUAUUUGUGGACGAGAUAGGAGAUGUCCUUGUUGACCAGUUGCUCUAUGAGACGCCCAACUGCAUCGAUGAUGAUGACAACAUUGUUGCCUCGUCACUUCCACUUAUUGACCACUUACGCAACAACAUCACAGCACGUCCCGCAGCCUCUUCCUGUUCGAGUUCAGCAACCUUCCAUACAACAUCCCAUUCCAGCCCGGCGACUAGUGUGAACAGUCGGGAACGCUCAGUCUCUCCCUUGCGAAUAUCAGCGAAGGUCGAUGUCCUCAACCAAAACAGUGAUUGUUUCAAUGCGAAAGCAGAAAGCCGAGACCAAGAUGGGGUCUACGGACUGGACGAUUUCGAAACAAUCACAGCUAUCCAAGAGAUAGCUGCACUACAUGGCAGAGUGGCGCACAUGGGAAUUCUCGAUCACAGCUACCGAUUCUUCGUGAACAAAGCAAGAACAGGAGCAUUGUCAUUUAAGCCCCAGAACGGAGUGCUUGUCAUCGGCGGAGAUCCAUUAUGCAACAAAGAUGAAAUCCCCGAACUCCUGUCAGAAUUUGCAGCGUACCGUCAACGACAUCACUUGAGCAUAGCGUUUAUGGGCGCCAGCGAGUCAUUUCUCAACGACCACGCCAAACCAAACGGAUGGACAACCAUCCGUUUCGCCACAGAACGCGUACUCAACCCCCAGACAAACGAAGUCAUCCUUGAGAACAGCGGGAAACGAAUCUUGACCAAGAGCCGUCAGCUCAUAAACAAAAAUAAAGGCGGCAUCACCAUGGGCGUGUACGCCCCUGCCGUGCACGGCAUCAACCAAGAACUACAAACUAACCUAAUCACCAUCUACGAUUCCUGGCGCGCUGAGCGCAAUGCCUCCACCAGCCCACAAGCCUUCAUUACCGUCUACGACCCCUUUGCUGUCCCCGCCCUGAUGACAUUCAUAUACACCCGCGCCCCAGACGGAACAAUCAACGGUUUCGCCGGUCUCCGACGCCUCGGCUCCGGCGGAUACCAUAUCGACCCUUGCAUCGCAGCCCCAGACAGCGUGAAUGGAAUCAGCGAUCUCCUCCUCAUCAUGGCAAUGGCACUCCUCCGACGCGCUGGUGUCACAUACCUCGGCCUCGGCGUCGAGCCACUCCAAUCACUCACCAGCGAAGAUGUCACCGGCAUGCCAUGGCCCUGUAACAAAUUCACACGCGGCCUGUACGGUCAUGCAUUCCAUCGUCUCCCCAUCGGUGGCAAGAAGGCGUACCAUGACAAAUUCCGUCCUGAUCCAGCUCAGGAUUCGGAUCUUUAUCUUAUUUUCCCAUCUGGCAUACCCAGUCCCCGACAUGUCCUCGCUAUGACCCAUAUGGCUAAUAUCAGUUUGUGGAAAAUAUUCCGGGCGGAUGUUGAGGCUUUUGUGUUGACUCGGAAGUUGAAGGCAGGUGGUGAGGUUGUUAUGUCGGUUGGUGGGAAGAAGGAAGGUUCGACGGAACAGACUGAUAAGGAGAAAGAGUUUGAGGAAGAGGUCCUUGCAUUACACGCGCCUUGUGUGCUUUAG